GUGGUGACGUUCGUAGAGUUAGUUGUGACACGGGAGACAUCCAGGAACACAGGAAUGGGUCAAGAAGCAGGCAAGUCUGCGUGGCCCAAACCGGCAGGAGGAUACCAGACCAUUUCAGGCCGGAGAUACGGCAGAAGACACGCAUAUAUCAGUUUCAAACCAGUUACAGAUAAGCAAAGAGCCACAUCUAAUUUGCACUGUCAAAACAUGGAGAGGACGAGUGAUCAAAAGAGCCAGGCAAUAGCGACAAAGGGUAACAUUUCUUCAGUGCUUCAGACUAUCCUUCCAACGUCAUGCACAAAUUCAGUGCGGCCCGAGAUCAACGCAGCAGCACAUCAUCCUGAAGGCCACAACAGGAAACACUCAUCUUUGCGAAGAGUCCCGAAAGCGCCCUUGAACCAUUUCAAGAGACCAAAGAAUGACCAGGUUGUGCCAUAUGAUCGAAAACAUUGUUCUGGUAGAGAAAAAAGCAAAGUUUGGCCGAUAGACGAAGACCACAAGACCAACCCAAAAGCUCUGAGUUACAUCAACAUUGACGCCUAUGAGCCUGACAGCAGCGGCGCUGAGGAGGAAGACUUGAGUUCGGACCCGCCUCACGCUGUUUGCUGGAGACUUGAUGGUAUUUGUGAAUUGGGUGGAAAUGUUGACUCGUAUGACGAUUCACGUUCUAGUUUAUUUAGAAAAAAUCGAAUGAAACAAAUGGCCUCUUCUAGAGACUCAACAGACCAUCUUGAUGACACACCAGACUGUCAAAGAACUGUAAAAACAAACGUAAAACCUAUGUUUUUGGUUGAAGACCGAGCUCCAAAAUGUUAUGGGGAUACAGCAAGCGCUGUUUCCCAUAAAAACACAGAACAAAACAAUUCCGAUGAAACAUUUCAGUCUGAAAUGGUCGUGAGGCCAAAGAUCCGCAAACAGACGAGCGAGACUCACCUUGAAAGAAGGAAACGCUCGGAAAAAGAGGAAACGGGUCAUUUGUCAGGCUCGGCCGUCAGAAACAAGUGUGGCUCAGCACCUCCAGGUUUUCUCGCACAAACAAGCCCUGAGAAUGAGUUCCUCUUUAAUUUUCCAGCCAUGGCCUUGAGUGACCUCAAUUCAGAGGACAGGAAGAGCGAGGAUGAAAACGCUAAAGCAGAGGAUGACAACGAUAUCUGGGAUGAUCUAGAGAAUUUUGGAGAGAAAUGUGAGCAGUCUAUGAAAGCAGAUGAAAGCUCAGAAUUCAGCGAGGGCGAAUGGUCCGCCUCGUGGACGUCUGAUUCUGGGCUGGAGAAGGAGAGGUGCACCAGUGAAGAAAGCUGGGAGACUCUGCCUGGCAUAGAUGAGCCUCCUGCCAGCAGAAGCAGCAGUCUGGAGGAAGUGCCUUCUCUCAACCUCGCUCUAGAUGAGCAGACCCCUCUGGAGGAGGGCGAGAUCCCCUGGCUCAUGUACAAUGAAGACUCGGGCAGCAGCAGUGAUGAAGACCCCGAUGGUGUCAGUCAGUUUGUGCACCCUGGACUCUUCAUCCUGGAUGGAAACAAUAACCUGGAGGACGAUUCUAGCAUGAGUGAAGAUCUGGACACAGAGUGGAGGUUUCUUGAUGAAUUUGGUGAUGGUUUUGGGAUGGCUCAAGCAAUCUCUUACGUGGAUCAUUCCCAACUUCUCACUUACAUGGCAUUAGAAGAGCGUCUCGCACAGGCUAUGGAGGCAGCGCUAGCUCAUCUGGAGUCUUUAGCUAUAGAUGUGGAGCAGGCUCAUCCCCCCGCCACCGAACAGAUCAUCGACUGCCUACCCCAGAUCACCAUGCAUGCAGAAAACAUUGAACAGGAGCAGUGCUGUGCCAUCUGCUGUUGUGAAUACGUCAAAGAUGAGAUUGCCACCCUGCUGCCGUGCCGCCACAUGUUCCAUAAACUCUGUGUCACUCUCUGGCUCAGAAAGUCUGGCACGUGUCCAGUGUGUCGCCACGUUCUGACCCCGGCAGUGACCACCGACCCUGCGUCUUUAAGCUCCGAACAAGAAACUCCACCAUCCACUCACAGCGCAUCCGGAGGAACGUGCUGAACAACAGUAAUUCAAUCAAAACCAUCCCGCAGAGAGAUAUCCCAGUAAUAAUCACACACACAAAUUCCCAUCUAAAAUCUCUUCUUGCUGGCAAGCAGCAGCCUGAACUAGCAUUCAGAUUCCUUUUAACCUAGUGCUGCAAUUCAUGGUCCUAACGUGGCAAACUAAAACUUAUUUUCUGAGAAAAUAUGAAUGCCUAUAUAAAUAUAUAUAUUCGUAGGAAGCAUAUUUAUUCAUGUUUCAAUUAAUGUUUUUGUACAUCCAGGCUAAACGAUAACAUGUAUUUACAGUAACAUCUCGCGUGUCAUGUCAAGUCAAACUACCAAACGCAAUCCCUCAAUAAAAGCUCCCAUUCGGUUUAAAGAA